AUGUCACGACGAAACUUCAUAUGGCACUUCCUGCUUUUGUUCAUCGCCCUACUUUCUUUCGCAUCUUCCGCACUAGCUUCAUCACCAGCAUCAUUCUGCAAGUGCACGUGUUUUUCUAAUAGCACGAUAAUUCCUCUCGACCCUGACAAGGGAGACUCGUCCUUACAUGGCACGCUCGGUCUCUUCAGUCGCAAUAACUACAUCGAUAAUCAGGACGAGAAAAGGGCCGGUAACUACCGCUCGCUAAGCUGUAACGAUUGCAAUCGAAAGUUCUGUUUGGGUUAUGAUUUGCCCACCUGCAAGGGUGCGAAGGAGGACGAUGUUCUUACCACUUGUUUCCAGCGAGACUCUAGGAAAGAUGAGGCGAUAGUAUUCAUUUUCAUCAUUGCCACCGGUGGUCUUCUAUUAUGGGCAGUUUUUAGACCAUGGGUGCAAAAAUGGAUGGAGGCUGCACGGGAACGACGGACAUAUAUCCCGGUUUCUGACAGUCCUCGACUUUGA